AUGUUGUCUUCAAGUCCAUACCCAGCGACGUAUACCCCUUCAUACCCCACAGUAACCCAAUCAACCUCAACAUUUGUGUCAUAUUCAACUGCUGUUGUAUCGGGAUCUGACUCUUUAUCCCAUAUCUUUUCGUAUCGAAGUGCUACGCAGAUUCAGCCUGUGUGCAUCGGAGAUGGCCUAGAUGCAGCUUCGGACGGAGUAAUCGCGACCGUGGUGCUUCCAACGAGUGUCGGCCUUGCCAUUUGGCUGCUGUUUGCUGUACUACGUCCGCGUUACCGACAAAUAUAUGCACUUAGAGAGUGGUUCGUGCAACAAGAGCUACGACCGCAUCGGUUGAGCUCGAAUCUCGGCGCGUUCCUCUUUCCCUCUAUAUCGCUUGUUCCACCUACACCUUCAGACGUCCUUGACGCUGGAAGGUCAGCUCUAGUGGACGCUCGCCUAUUCCCAUCUGAUGAGGAAUUGAGCCAACGAACUCUGUGGACAUGUCUCAUCAUCGUGCUUGGCUGGAGUGUAGUGGGCCUUGGCGGCGCUUUGCCGAUAUACCUCGUGUCUAUGCCAUGCCUUGCACGCUCGGCAAGCGACCCUAAUUUUACUGGAGUUUACUCCACAAUUCAAGAUCUCAGCUUGUUACGUCUUCUGCAGCUACUAGAAGCCAGCUCAGCCUCCACGAACACCACCUACUCAGUACUAGAUGUAUUUAACGGCGAUAAUCAGGCUUCGAAAGCUCGACUGCGCAUCGUUAUUCUUGCCAUUUUGGCAGUAUUUGCGACCACGCUGCCGGCGCUGUAUAAAAUACUGAAAGAAAUCAACAACCUCGCUGCAUUCCGCCGGCGCUGGCUAGAAGUGCGAUGCGAAGGGAAGGAAAUGGGUUGGCUGAGCUCCAGAAAAGCCCCCGGUUUUGCAGGAUGGGGAGAGAAGCGUGUCAAGGAUUAUCUUGUCAAAAUUGGACUUAGUUCUUCAUUGGGAGGCUCUUCUCGGUCCAACAACCGACCGCCGCAGCUCUCACGCCGAACUCAGUCUUACUGUCAGAACCCUCAGGAUUCAGUAUUAGAGAUUGACAUCCAAAGUCUGUUCACUGUAUGCGAUACCCAUAAUUUGGCACUGCUCAUUGAAGAACGAGACGAAAUUCUGGACAACCUCGAAGUUGCAGAAACAAGAUACAUAUCAUCUUUCAAGAUUUCAACGCCCGACCCUUCCAUUGCUGAUCUCGAAAUUCUCGCUUCCAGUAGAUCUGAGGAAACGCCAUCCAGACCUCACAUAGGGAGGCCUCGCGCUCUAGUUGGAUCGAGACAUCGUCCACGCCAUCGGAGACACAACCCGGCGCAGGCUAACUCAUCGUUUGCUCCUACCUCGUUCGUGGCCCCAUCACAAUACUACAAAUUACGAAGCUUGAAAAGCGUCGAUGGCGGGAGACUUUCCGGCGGCAUCAGCACGCCGGUUAGUCUGACGGAUUCAUUUAAACAACGAAUUGUGGGCAGUCGCUUCCAGGAGGUGGACAGAGGUUCGGCAUCCUACAAUGCCAUGCCAUCAGGGAGUCAUGUAAAGACGGAGGACUUCAGAGAGUCGUCGAUAUCAGUUCCUGACCCAAAGUACUACAGGCCAAACCAUGGCGGAGGGUCAUAUGAAAGUGGUGGCGGUGGAACUGGGACAGGCACUGAAUAUCUAACUGUGGAGUCGUCAUUGGACACUCGGGGAUCUCUUGAUGACGACUGGGUCGUCCUCACACACGGGAUUGAUUUUGGCAAUCCGUUGAGCGAGGAACCUCCCGCUGGCCUGGCACCCAGACCACAGAAAGAGCUUACGUCCCGAAGGCAACGUCAGAGACCUCUUGACACGUCAUCUGACCGCCGGGAGACCUUUCCACUAAGGAUUCGACCGAAAGACAAUAUUCCCGCUGAAGAUGUUCCACCACCUCAUUUACGCUUGCAGCCGCGACAGCCGUUCGUUCGGCCCGCUUCUGACCUUAACUAUGAUAACCUCGGUGCUGUCUAUACCGAAAUAAACCAAUGGCGUUCCCGGCUGAAGCUCAUUAACAUGCAGAUUGCCGAGGCCCAGCAAGAUUCCUAUGCAGAUAUCGCUGAUGGCGCGCCAGUCAAGGGUUGGAUUAUCAUUGGGCGUGGUUUGCGCCACAUGCAUGGUGUGGAGCUCAUAGAGGGUAGGGCAAAGGAAGACGUGCGUUGGGGCACGCUGCAGAACGAAACGACAUUGCUGGAUUCUACAGCCUUUUGGUUAGUUAUGGUGGUAAUCAAUAUACUCCUUGCCGCUGGCCUCACAGCUGUUGCGGGACUUGCCCUCGGCGCCACUUCUAGUGUGGAGCAUUAUUUACCUUUCUUUCGCCCCCUUUCAGACCAUGGGAACCUUGUGUCCGGAUUAGCAACUUCCCUUGCUCCUGCGAUUGGCGCUACGCUUUUCACUGUGAUUGCACUCACGAUCGUAAAAUGGGCAGCUGGAUGGAGUGGUGUCGUAUCCGUGUCCGGAGUUCGAAUGCUCGCGGUCAAACUUAUGUUCUACAUCAUAACGGUUAUGGUUGCCGCAUUUACUAUCACCGCCGGUGCUCUCCUUUUCGCGUUAGAGGCAUUCAGGCUUGAGGUUGACAUUGCCAAAACGGUCGCAACCGGUUGUGUCUAUAUGAGCGCCUUCGCUUUUGUUCUCGUUAUCAACGUUGCUGUCCUAUUCCCUGGGAUAAUGUUGUUACAACCCGUCCGAUUGUGGUGUGUUCUUCAUUCGGAACAAGACGCCGUCACCCCAAGACAGCGUUUUCGAGCUGUAUAUCCGACAACUUACGACGCUUCUUAUGCUGCAAGUGCUUGUGUAUUAUCCAUGGUUUUUGCAUCGGCAUUUUCUCUUAUUUUCCCUUUGAUCGGGCCGGCUACUGUGAUUCUCCUAUUUUUGACUCUUGUUGCUCAUAGAUACCUUGUUGGAUAUGUUUACGCCCGAACUCUUUCGGAGACUGGGGGGCUUCUCCAGAUCUGGUUGCUGAAGCGAUUGGGCACACUCCUUGCGCUACAACCUCUACUCCUCGGUUUAAUUUUACUCAGUCGGCGGCUCUGGAUAGAAGGAGGAAUACUUUUAGGCAUAGCUCUCGUUGUGGUGGGGACAGUGGAAGUGUACACCAUGUACAAAACGAGGCUUGCAAGCCUCCAAGCGUUACCUGAGAACACUCAAGAGUCUCUUAGAGUAUUUCGCAGGGCGUUGGAAUCCGAUAACCGUACUGAUACCGAUGAUGAGAAUCGUAGCAUGCUCACUGCUAGAGGGAACCGUACGAGGGGUUCGAUGGCUUCUGUCCUCGAAAUGAUGUCUCUCACGUUAGCGGUUAUGCCAUCAGCUUCAAGUCAUCGUGGUCCGCUGCCACUUCGAACGGAAACUCUGGAUGAUCUAAUCGCUACAGAACGGGCUGCCAGAACGCAUCCUGAUGCUCCUCCUCACCUUCCUCCGUUAUCCUUUGGGGAUCAUGCCGAAGAUAUGUCGGCUAUCAUGUAUGCGCCCGAGCUGCUUGCCCCAGCACCGAUCAUCUGGCUUCCGAACGAUACAGCGGGGGUGGCCAAAACGGAGGCAAUUGACUUGCGGAAAUAUCAUGACAUACAUGUUGUCCUUGAUGUCCAUGCCAGGGACGUCGUCCUGCCUAAACGGAGUACAUCCACGCGAACACACGCGUGA